CCCAUCACCGCCUGCCCACCGCCUGCAAUCGAAUCAAGCUCGCCGGAUCGCCACCCUUCCGACGCGGAACACUCUACACUGCCCUCCAGCAUGUGCCCCUUCACAUCGUUGCCUGCCGGCGAAGGCCCUGCCCGCUUUGCCUCGCCCACGGCCGUCAAGGACUGGCAGCCCAGGCGCAAGUCCGUCUCCAAUGCCUGCGAGCGCUGCCGCCGCCGCAAGAUCCGCUGCGACGGCGAGACGCCCUGCGCCACGUGCAAGCGCUUUGCCGUGCAGUGCGUGAGAACGCAGAAACCAAAAGAGGUCGUGGCAUCGGAACAUCGCGAGGCCCUCGAAGGCCGCAUCCACCAGCUCGAGGCCCAGCUCGCGCGCCAUGUGAAUGCCCCCAUGCACGGCAUGGAGUCGAUUGACCACAAUCUCAUGGCCACCACCCCGACGUCGUUUGACUGGCGCGCCGCCCCGGCCAACCUCAACCUUGACACCACCAUCCCCGCAACCUACACGGCCGACGACCUGGACCUAGCCGCCUUCUCCGCUACCAGUGGCAGCAUGCCCUCCAUCGCCAUAGACGAAUGUGAGCCUUUCCCCAACUUUUCCUCGCCAUCUUCACCAGUACCUUCAUUAUGGUUAGGUACCACGCGUGCCUCCUCCCCCGAAUCCAUGCCCCCGGGUCCCCCGCUACCCCAGUACCCCGCCGCCUACACCUCCGCCAGCAAAACCUACCCCGCCGCCACGGAAAUGCACACGGCCCCAUCCUGGGAAUUCAUGGCCCACGCCGCCUCCAGCAAGCUCCAGCCCGGCACCAGCAGUCGAGGCGCCCACUCGCGCAAGACGUCGACGUCGUCCUUGUCCCAGGGCAGCAACGAGCAAACCAUGUCUCCCAUUCCCGAGGUCGACGACGAUCUGCUGCCGCUGGCCCCAGCUCCCAGACUGCCUCGCCAGGGCGUCUUCGCCGCCCGUCAAGCCGACAGCCCAGGCCCGUGUUCUUCGCGCUCCAGCUUCACCGACCGCAGUCGCGCGCUGGCAACCACGCCGCUGCCCAGCCGCUUCGAGGCCGAAACCCUGACCAACGAGUUUAUCCGCCAUCUCGACUCGCUCGACUACAAGGCCUACUCCAUUUCCCCCUUGCUCUUUGCCCGUUUCUGCGAAGCCGUCUAUCCCAACCCACAGCCUACGUCUGCAGUUGAAAUCACCGCCUCCAUGGCCAUGGCCCGCUUCCACGUCUUCCUCGCCAUGGCCAUUGCCAUGAAAGUUCGCAUCAAGGACGCGCCCGAGAACACCAAUGCGCUGCUGGAAACGUGCUACGAGCUGGCUAUGCAGCAGGCUUCGUCAUCGUCGACCUUUUGGCAGGAAUACGGCGGCAUGGAGGCGGCACAGUUGCUCGCCCUGUUUGCCUCGUUGCGGAAACCCGUCAGUGGUGACGAGCCGCGAUCUCUCCAUCACUCCUUUUCGUGGUGAAGGAGCAAACAAUAAGAACCAUUUUGUAGCAACAGAGGUGACGAUUUCUUUACUUUUCUUUUCCUUUUGGAGUUUGCACUUUUCAUGCUCUUCCUCUCAUGUCGUUUUUAACGAAUUCUUUUCCCUUUUUCCCUUUCCUUGUCCUUUCUGUAAGUACCGUCUUUCCUUGCUCAUGUCUCAAUAGCAUGUGUCUUUUUUUUUUAUUUCUUUCCGUCACAUUGUCAAGACCGGCUGUUUCUUUCUUUCUUUUCUCCACGGAUCCAGGACAUGUAUAUAACAAGUUCAUACCCCUCCCGUCUUCCCGCCUCGCUCAUCAAUACAACAUCUGUGUAUUCCACUGAGCGGGCCCAUGUCACAUAUAUAGCGAUUUCAAGAAAAA